GUCAUUCGCUUUGUAUUUUUCAUCGUGAGUGUUGUUUGAGUGUUUCCCUUUCGACGACUUUAUAUUUUUGACCAUGGACCUUGAUGCUUCUCUUCCCGACGACCCUGGCAUACUCUCGGACCCCGAAUCUCGCUCAACCGAUGACCAUGGCUCACUUUCGGAUAACGAACCUUGCCCAAACGCUGACCACGGCUUACGUAUGGACUCCGACCCAAGCCCCAGUGUUGACCCCAGCCCGAUUUUGGAUAAUGAACCAGCAAUUCCUCAAUCUCAUGAGGAGCCUAUGAGAUGUAUUAAUUGUGGAGCUGACGUGACGCAGAGGAGGCGACAUAACCUAGAGCUUAUUCAAGUUCAGACGGUUAUACGUCAGUGGAUAGCUCCUCAACUGAUUGAUGACAGCAGUGUAUGUUGUCACUCAUGUUGGACCGUGGCUCUGCACCAAUCAAGGACAAAUAUGUCAAAUGAAGAACCAACAACUAGCACCGGUCACAGUCGUAAUGUCUGUGUUAACUGUGGAUGCUCGUUGUUACGAAUACGGUCUCAUAGGCUGCAUACUGACACAGAAAGAGAAUCACGUAUUCGAAAUGUGAUAAUGGAACAGAUUUCACCUCGUCAACUGCGGGGAUCUGACCAGAUAUGUCAUCCCUGCUGGCAGAGAGCUGAUCGAGCUGCUACACAUGCUGCGGAGCCCCAACAAGCACAUGAUGGGACGAGAAUUCAUUUGCCCUUAUAUUCAAGAGCAUCGGACACUCAAAGUCAUUGUUUUUUCCCCGAGUGUAAUUCAACACAAAGAUUGGCUGUUCCCAUUUGGCUGAGGGUAAAGUUGUUUAGUGAGUAUAAGUUUUAUGUACCUCAAAACUGCAGGAUUUGUGUUUUCCAUUUACACAACGAUAAUUGGGAAGUAUUAUCUGACAUUCCUCAACCGAUACAUAGUUUUAAUGCUGACCAUAUACAAGAUUUUGCAUCUUUUGUUAAUGAGAGGCCGCUGAUGUUGGAUUUUUCAGAGGUAGAGAGAAUGUCAGAUGAGCUUUUACAUUAUUGGGUUGGACUAACAAAAGCCAAAUUCGAACAGCUCUAUUCGGAACUACCAAGACUUGGAGCUAUGCGUAAUGGUAAAUUGGCACUUGGUGCAUAUUUACUCAAGUUGAGGACAGGAGAUAGUGAUAAAAGAAUUUCGACACUUUUGAACAUAUCCAGAUCUAAGCUUAUGAGAUUGAUGGGAAAAGCUAGGAAUAUUUUAAAUGAGGAUUUUGUGUCCAGAUACUUAGGGACAGAUAAUAUAACGCGAGCUGAAAUCUCUCAAAGGAAUUUACUAAUACCUAAUGGAUUGUUCGGUGGUGUCGAUCGUAAACCAAUUGUUAUAAUUGAUGGAACAUACUUAUUUGUUCAAAAAAGUUCUAAUUAUAUGUAUCAAAAAGAUACUUAUUCUUUACACAAGUCGGAAUCCGAGUACAAGAAUCGUAGCGCUGCUGCAGCUUGCUUGGAAUCAGAGUCUGAGUACUCGUCAGAAGAUAAUACUUGCCCUCCAAAGAAGACGACCAAAGGCAGCGGCAGCAGCAAGGCUAAGGUGACCAAAAAAAAGAUAAGGGCUGAAUCAGACUGUAAGAAACGCAACGCUGCUGCAGCUGACCUGGGUUCUGACUCGGAGUACUCUUCGGACGAAGAAGAAGAUCUAAGUCCCUCCAAGAAAACUAAGGCCAGCAGCCAGAGCAAGAUCAAGGCUGCAAAGAAGGAGACGUCCAAAAAAAAGGCUGGGAAGAACAGUAAAACUCUUAGCGGCAUUUACGAGGAGCUGUUUGGAGACGCCUGCGAGCCUGCUCCCAAACAUCAGCCGCUGUGGUCCUCGCUGUCGCGGCGGGUCGCGGGCGGAAUCAGCCGCCAGGGCACGCUGCAGGCUGACGGCGACGUGUACAUCGACCUGCGCGUGUUCGACAUAGCACAAAUAAAUUGGCGUCAACCCGAGAGAGCGCUUCGACAAGUGGAACGGCUGUCUGAGAGUCCGGCUGAGCCACGACGAGCCGUUAUGGGCCGGUAUUAA